CGUAAUUCUAAGUUACGAGUCCCGAGCUCUGACUUUGACGAGUAUAGCUUUACGUAUCUAAACGAUCUCGAGUCCGUGAAUCGAAUGGAUCGUUGACGACCAAUCCUGGUCCAAGCAGAAGCAGCUCCGAGUGUGGUCGAGAAGAGACAUUCCAAAAGAGAGUCCGUUCCAGCAUUCCUAUUCCAGCUAUAUUGACUCUGUAAUUAUCGGAAUCGAUAGGAAUCAAGAUGGAAUAAUGUUCUUAUCGUCGAACGCGUUUUAAAAAACUGAAAAUAUUCAAUUUAUGCGACUAACCUGAGAGUAGUCCGACGGAAUAAGAAUUACGAAUGCGCAAAUAAUGAGAAGUGUGUAGUUCGAAACGAGAGGAACAAGAAAAAUGAAUCAGGCAAACGUGGAGAAAUUUGUUUCUAGGUUAAGAUACAAUGUUGGAUCGAAACCACGAAGAUUCGGGAAUCCGGAUGGUCCUGAAGGACGACUGCGAAAACUUCGAAAAACCUUAACAGCUUUAGUUAAAUACGAAAGAAUCGAAUUGAAUUACCCGAGGGCAGACGAGACGAGAGGUUAUAUCGAACGAUUAAUAUCGGAAACAUUGCGUCAUGGACCCGAACACAAAGAAACGAUGGAACUGGCAAACUUUUGGAUAUUAGAAAAACAACUUGUCCAUAAACUUUUCAAGGUACUUGGACCAAGAUUUCAGGAUUAUACGACUUCCUAUACGAAACUUCAUAGAGCGCCAACCAUUUAUUCUGGAAACAAGCCUGCGUAUGAACGAGCUGUUUUGGAAUUAAGAGGAAAUAUAUAUCCUAGUAUCGAACAAUAUAAUCCGAAUCAAUCUCUUUUACUUCAUAAUAUAUUACUCGAUGGGGCAAGAAAAGAAUUUCGAAUGGAUAAAUAUAAAGAAAUAGCAGCUAAUAUGGAUGUAUGAAUUUUUUGUAACAGCUAUAUUAUAUAUUCGUAGAGAAAAUAUACAAAUUUUGCCAUGAUAA